UCCAAAGUGACAGCUCCUCCAUCCAGAAGAGCCAUCACCCUUGACCAAGUCUGCUUUCGGUCGACCGUUGUCCUCGCAGCUUCACACUCUCUCACUGCUUUGCAAAACUUUCUUGCUGGCGUCUGGAAGUUCGCGAUACGAUAACAAGUCGGCGCUCUCCCACAGGCUUUUCCAAUAUGAAUUCUAGCUCGGCAGCGCAUGACCAGCAUCAAAAGGACUUCUUGAACGCCUUUUUUCAGUCGGAGACCGGGGGAGAACUCGACCAGCGAGGGAGGGAACCGGAUAUGUUCAACAACGGCAACCUGUCCUUACCUCCCAUGAUGAACCUCUCUCAGCAGACGUUUUCCAACCCCCAAGCAAGCAUGGACGUGCUUGAGAACCUUAUGGCGAUGCAGGAUAGGGUGGGCCAAGCAGCGGCUUCCCAAGUGGGCCAGCCAACGACACCGCAGAUUCUAUUGGAGCAGCAGAUGAGACUCAACCAACUACAGCAGUUGCAGCAACUCCAGAACCAGAUUUUUCAGCAACAGAUCGAACUUUUAAGUAGCAAUAGCUCUUUCGCCGCAUCACCUCCUGUAAUGGAUCGGUCGCGGGAUCAGCAGCACUUUGGUCUUCCUACACCAGCGUCUUCCACCGAACUACAUGCCCAGAACACCUCGGACUUUGUUUCCCCCAUGCUUUUACAGAAUCGCAAUAGUGGCAUGCAGUCGCUUCCUCCACAAUCGCAACAGCAGUUUCUGCCCCACCCUAUGAUACCCUCCGCGCCACAUUCCGCUCCUGCCAAUAUUGCGUUCGGCACAUAUCCAAUGCAGACGGACUUAGAUUUUAGCGAAAUUUCACCCCUUACAAGUCCUUGGUUGGGUGCCGCGUACGGUCCAUCUGGUCCGCAGCCAUCGACGUCGACCACAGUUCACAAUACACAACAAGCUCUAACUAGCUCGAGUAACAAAAAGAGGCGAGCGGCGUCGCCUGGCAGUGACGAGCAGUCUACUCUGACAGCAGCUGGCAGGCCGGCUCGUAAGAGACAACCAAGUGUCAACCGCUUGACACCUGCCGUACCACCGAUACAGGCGAAGAAAGCAAACAUGCGAGGCAGCAAGUCUGCUAACUCGACGCCGUUGUUUCCGCCCAUUUCAUCCGGUAAUCGGAUGAGUCCAGCACAUAGGACACCGGCGACAACAAAUGACAUUCCCGGUGAUACACCCUCGCCAGUUGACCUGGCAAUGCCGCCACCCGCGCCACCAGCUGGUUCAUCCGUUGUGAUGAACUCGAACUCUUCGUCGAUACAAUUUGUUCAAGGGCCGUCUUCCUCGUCGUCCGGUCACAAUACUCCUAACUCUCAUGCUGCAACUCCUGAACAGUUGAUGCCAGUCACCCCCGCCAGUAUCAUGAACCUUGGACGGUUGGGCACGAAUAGCUCGCUUGCGCCACCUGCGGCCAACAACCAGGAGAAAAACAUGAGGACCAGAAGCUCGAGAGCUAGGUCGUCGACGUUAACGUCUACAUCAAGUACAGUUUUGAAACCGAUACUUCCUGCAGGUAACGCCACUCCUACUUCGACUUCACCGACAACCGCUUCGCAGCCGCCCAUCCUCCAGGUUCGUAAGACCUCCCACAAAGCAGCGGAACAAAAGCGUCGUGACUCGCUUAAAAAAUCCUAUGACGAUCUGCGGGUACUCCUUCCUCCAAUUCCACUUCCUUCGGACGAAGGAUACCCAGACGAGCCCCCACUGCCCGGCGCCAUGCCGCCUCGUGGGCCACCGAAGGGCAACGCUGAUGGACCGAAUCGUUCUGUUAGCAAGCUACAACUGCUUCGCUGUGGUAACGAGUUUAUCAGGGUCCUUAAAGCAAGAGUGGAACGUCGGGAUGACGAGAUCGAGAUUCUCCGCAGGGAGGUGGCAAGGCUGAGGCUUGUCGCUGGCGAUGCUGGACAGCCUGAAGAUGGUGUUGAGGAAAUCGAUUUGGAGAAGGAUCUGGAUGCGGUGGAGAUGAUUGGUGGUGGUAUUUUCGGGAGGAGCCAAAUGGGGAGGAUUAUGGAGGGCGAGGAGGGUGAUGAGGACGGCGCGGAUUAAAUGCUGUAUGGAAUUGUAGAACAGGGUUUCUUGAUUACAGUAAGGUGACGCCUUUUUCUAUCAUGUUGGCCAGGGGCUCAGGUUGUAUGAACACAUACUUGGGGUCAUUAGAUGUAAGAAAAAGAAAUUGUACAAAUUAGCAUCUCUACAAUAUAUUCUAAUGUAUACUACGCACGUGUAGAUUUAAGAUAGACCAAAACUUG